AAAAUAUUCCUGUGGAGAAGAAACUCGCGAUCCUUCUUCAACCGCGACUCCCCUCAAAAACACCACACUCCUCUGCGUCCGUGACCAAAAUCCGUCCAACCCUAGCCGAUCCUCCCCCUCUUCCGCCAUUUUUCCUGCCGCCGAAGGUCUUUUCCCUAAGUUCUUCCGCCGCUCGCCUGCGUCCGCCAGCCGAUCUCUUCCGCCAAUCUUUCUGACGCCGCGAUCUGGUAUUUGUCUUGAUUGUUUAAGCGGAUAAAAGAAACUGAUUACUGCUGGCACAGAAUUUUGUGCAAUCAUGGAGCAAGGGAAAUCUCAUGAUUAUACGGACCGUGGUGGAGACUACAAUUUGUUAGGAGAUGAAAAUCCUCAACUGACAAAAUUUGACAAGCGUCUUCCAUGCUUUGGCUGUGGAAUAGGGUGGUCAUGUUUGCUAUUGGGAUGUUUGUGCCCAUUGAUAUGGUACUGUGCUGCAAUUCUCUACUUGUGCAAAUACUACGACAAGGAUCCCCGUGAGCGAAGUGGGCUUGCUGCUUGUGCAAUAGCGGCAUUGGUCUGUACAAUUCUAGCCUCCAUUGUGGUGGCUAUCAUUUUUCUCUAGUUGUCAUCCAAUCAUCGAUCAGACUUGGGCAACACUUCUGAUGGAAGACAUGAAGGAGAGUGGAGAUUGAUAAAACGAUAUGUAUAAAUGAUGGAACUUUAUGUGAGUCUUCCUUACAUUUCCCAUCAAAGUAGUCGAAGAUUAUUUUGAUUUAGAAAAAUGAGAGAUUUAAUUGUCAUUUUGAAACAUAGAGGUCUGAUUUGGAUUUGAAACAUAGAGGCCUCAUCA